AUGCCAAAUGAUACUAAAAUUAUAACAGAAUCUGAAUUCCCUCAAGUAUUUGGAAGCUUUAUAAGACAACCUGCAAGUUUCCUAGUUGCAUUCUACGCAUGUGUUAGACAGUUAGGUAUAACUAAACUGAGAAAUCAACAAGUAUUUGUGGCUAGAAGAACUCAAGUUGCAGGUAUGGGUGUUAUUAUUGCACUUUUCUUUGCACCAUUAAAGAAUAAUCAUAUUGGUGUUUCAAAUGGAUUAGGUCUUGUACAAGAAGUUACAAGCCUUUAUUAUUGUGGUAUGCUAAACAAUUUAAGUUCAUAUUAUCCUGAUCAAAGAAAUUAUUUUUAUCAUGAAGAUGGUCCAGUUUAUAUUUACCAUUUUUUUUAA